UUUAGUUCCGCCCUUCUCCCUGGUCUAUAGUGACAGCUGAGCUAGCGCAAUGUAUCGCUCUUUGAGAAACGUCCAGCGAUUUAACUGCAAACUCCAGGCGUUGCAGAGGAACCUAGCCAACACAAAGCACAAUCCUGCUGCAGGAGUCAUCUUCACAUCCUCCAGAAUGGUACGUUUUGUCUUUUCGGAGAUCGGAGUCAUGUUGUUAACCCAUCGCAGGCCCGUAAAUGACCUUAUUAGUUAGCCAAGCUAACUGGCUAGCUAGCCCAUUAGUAGUACUAGCUAAAAUGAAUUAGUAGUUAGCCACCUUGCUAGCUUUACACGAAUGCAGUAAUGGUGCUUUUAGGACAACCGCAGAUAGUUUUUCAAACGAGAAACACAAGUAUUCACAGCAAUAUUCUGGUAGCAAGCAAGCUAGCUUGUAAGUUGGCUAAUGUUAUCUUGUCAAGCAAGUAGAAGGUCAAAGUCAGUUUACAAUUAUCUGCUAGCUAGCUAGCUUGCUAACUGGCCAACUUUCACUGCAUACUUGCCAAGUUCACACGGAGUUCAAAUCAAAUUAUAUUUGUCACAUGCGCCGAAUACAACAGGUGUAGACUUUACCGUGAAAUGCUUAUUUACAAGCCCUUUCCCAACAAUACAGACUGAAAAAGUAAGAAAAAUGUGCUAAAUAGUAACACAAUAAAUGGCAAUAACGAGUCUAUUUGGCUUUAUUAUGGAUCCCCAUUAGCUCUUCCUGAGGUCCAAAAUUAAGUAAGUUUAUACCAUUUUAAAUAGUCACCUCAACUUGCUCAAUUUCAACAUUAUUUAUUACAGGAUUUAGUUGAGGUUUAGGGUUUAGUGAAUGAUUUGUCCCAAAUAGUGGUUUUAGUUUUAGAAAUAUUUAGGACUAACUUAUUGCUUGCCACCCACUCAGAAACUAACUACAGCUCUUUUAAGUGUUGCAGUCAUUUCAGUCGCUGUAGUAGCUGACGUGUAUAGUGUUGAGUCAUCCGCAUACAUAGACACACUGGCUUUACUCAAAGCCAGUGGCAUGUCAUUAGUAAAGAUUGAAAAAAGUAAGGGGCCUAGACAGCUGCCCUGGGGAAUUCCUGAUUCUACCUGGAUUAUGUUGGAGAGGCUUCCAUUACAGAACACCCUCUGUGUUCUGUUAGACAGGUAACUCUUUAUCCACAAUAUAGCAGGGGGUGUAAAGCCAUAACACAUAUGUUUUUCCAGCAGCAGACUAUGAUCAAUAAUGUCAAAUGCCGCACUGAAGUCUAACAAAUCAGCCCCCACAAUCUUUUUAUCAUCAAUUUCUCUCAGCCAAUCAUCAGUAAUUUGUGUAAGUGCUGUGCUUGUUUAAUGUCCUUCCCUAUAAGCGUGCUAAAAGUCUGUGGUCAAUUUGUUUACUGUAAAAUAGCAUUUUAUCUAGUCAAACGCCAUUUUUCCCAAAAGUUUACUAAGGGUUGGUAACAGGCUGAUUGGUCGGCUAUUUGAGCCAGUAAACUGGGCUUUACUAUUCUUAGGUAGCGGAAUGACUUUUGCUUCCCUCCAGGCCUGAGGGCACACACUUUCUAGUAGGCUUAAAUUGAAAAUAUGGCCAAUAGGAGUGGCAAUAUCGUCCGCUAUUAUCCUCAGUAAUUUUCCAUCCAAGUUGUCAGACCUCGGUGGCUUGUCAUUGUUGACAACAAUAAUUUUUUCACCUCUUCCACACUUUCAUAAUUUGGUCCAAUAUACUUGGAUGUGUAGUGUCAGCGUUUGUUCCUGGCAUGUCAUGCCUAAGUUUGCUAAUCUUGCCAAUGAAAAAAUAAUUCAAGUAGUUGGCAAUAUCAGUUGGUUUUGUGAUGAAUAAGCCAUCUGAUUCAAUGAAUGACGGAGCUGAGUUUGACUUUUAACCCAACAUUUCAUUGAAGGUGCUCCAAAGCUUUUUAUUAUCAUUCUUUAUGUCAUUUAUCUUUGUUUCAUAGUGUAGUUUCUUCUUCUUUUUAUUCAGUUUAGUCACAUUAUUUCUCAAUUUGCAGUACGUUUGCCAAUCGGUUGUACAUCCAGACCUAUUUGCCAUUCCUUUUGCCUCAACACUCUCAACCAUACAAGUUUUCAAUUCCUAAUCAAUCCACAGGGAUUUAACUGUUUUUAGUCAUUUUUUUAAUGGGUGCAUGCUUAUUAGUAACUGGAUUAAGUAAUUUCAUAAAUAUGUCAAGUGCAGCGUCUGGUUGCUCCUCAUUACACAUCACAGACCAACAAGUAUUCUUUACAUCAACAACAUAGGAAUCACUACAAAACUUAUUGUAUGGCAUAAUUUUCUGGAAUUUUCCAAGCUGUUUAAAGGCACAGUCAACUUAGUGUAUGUAAACUUCUGACCCACUGGAAUUGUGAUACAGUGAAUUAUAAGUGAAAUAAUCUGUCUGUAAACAAUUGUUGGAAAAAUGACUUGUGUCAUGCACAAAAGUAGAUGUCCUAACCGACUUGCCAAAACUAUAGUUUGUUAAUAAGACAUUUGUGGAGUGGUUGAAAAACAAGUUUUAAUGACUCCAACCUAAGUGUAUGUAAACUUCCGACUUCAACUGUAUAUAUAUAUAUAUAUAUAUCUCAGCAAAAAAUUAAACGUCCUCUCACUGUCAACUGCGUUUAUUUUCCACAAACUUAACAUGUGUAAAUAUUUGUAUAAACAUAAGGUUCAACAACUGAGACAUAAACUGAACAAGUUCCACAGACAUGUGACUAACAGAAAGGGAAUAAUGUGUCCCUGAACAAAGGGGGGGUCAAAAUCAAAAGUAACAGUCAGUAUCUGGUGUGGCCACCAGCUGCAUUAAGAACUGCAGUGCAUCUCCUCCUCAUGGACUGCACCAGAUUUGCCAGUUCUUGCUGUGAGAUGUUACCCCACUCUUCCACCAAGGCACCUGCAAGUUCCCAGACAUUUCUGGGGGGAAUGGCCCUAGCCCACACCCUCCGAUCCAACAGGUUCCGGGCUCUUUGCUGGCCAUGGCAGAACACUGACAUUCCUGUCUUGCAGGAAAUCACGCACAGAACGAGCAGUGUGGCUGGUGGCAUUGUCAUGCUGGAGGGUCAUAUCAGGAUGAGCCUGCAUGAAGGGUACCACAUGAGGGAGGAGGAUGUCUUCCCUGUAACGCACAGCGUUGAGAUUGCCUGCAAUGACAAGCUCAGUCCGAUGAUGCUGUGACACACCGCCCCAGACCAUGACGGACCCUCCACCUCCAAAUCGAUCCCACUCCAGAGUACAGGCCUCGGUGUAACGCUCAUUCCUUCGACGAUAAACGCGAAUCUGACCAUCACCCCUGGUGAUACAAAACCGCGACUCGUCAGUGAAGAGCACUUUUUGCCAGUCCGGUCCAGCGACGGUGGGUUUGUGCCCAUAGGCGACGUUGUUGCCGGUGAUGUCUGGUGAGGACCUGCCUUACAACAGGCCUACAAUCAGUUGUCCGUCCUGUCUCCCUGUAGCGCUGUCUUAGGCGUCUCACAGUACGGACAUUGCAAUUUAUUGCCCUGGCCACAUCUGCAGUCCUCAUGCCUUUUUGCAGCAUGGCCAAGGCACGUUCACGCAGAUGAGCAGGGACCCUGGGCAUCUUUCUAUUAGUGUUUUUCAGAGUCAGUAGAAAGGCCUUUUUAGUGUCCUAAGUUUUCAUAACUGUGACCUUAAUUGCCUACCGUCUGUAAGCUGUUAGUGUCUUAACGACCGUUCCACAACUGCAUGUUCAUUAAUUGUUUUUGGUUCAUUGAACAAGCAUGGGAAACAGUGUUUAAACCCUUUACAAAGAAGAUCUGUGAAGUUAUUUGGAUUUUUACUCAUUAUCUUUGAAAGACAUGGUCCUGAAAAAGGGACGUUUCUUUUUUGGCUGAGAUAUAUCUUCUUAUUUUAUUGCUGUCCCCACGACAACAAAGUACUUAAAUACAUGUAAUUUUGUCCUUGAAACAUUUAAUUGAAAUACUGUACAGUCGUGGUCAAAUGUUUUGAGAAUGAUACAAAUACUAAUUUUCACAAAGUCUGCUGCCUCAGUUUUGAUGAUGGCAAUUUGCAUAUACUCCAGAAUGUCAUGAAGAGUGAUCAGAUGAAUUGCAAUUAAUUGCAAAGUCCCUCUUUGCCAUGAAAAUGAACUUAAUCCCCCAAAAACAUUUCCACUGCAUUUCAGCCCUGCCACAAAAGGACCAGCUGCCAUCAUGUCAGUGAUUCUCUCAUUAACACAGGUGAGAGUGUUGACGAGGACAAGGCUGGAGAUCUCUCUGUCAUGCUGAUUGAGUUAGAAUAACAGACUGGAAGCUUUAAAAGGAGGGUGGUGCUUGAAAUCAUUGUUCUUCCUCUGUUAACCAUGGUUACCUGCAAGGAAACACGUGCCGUCAUCAUUGCUUUGCACAAAAAGGGCUUCACAGGCAAGGAUAUUGCUGCUAGUAAGAUUGCACCUAAAUCAACCAUUUAACGGAUCAUCAAGAACUUCAAGGAGAGAGGUUCAAUUGUUGUGAAGAAGGCGUCAGGGCACCCAAGAAAGUCUAGCAAGCACCAGGACCGUCUCCUAAAGUUGAUUCAGCUGCGGGAUCGGGGCACCACCAGUGCAGAGCUCGCUCAGGAAUGGCAGCAGGCAGGUGUGAGUGCAUCUGCACGCACAGUGAGGCAAAUACUUUUGGAGGAUGGCCUGGUGUCAAGAAGGGCAACAAAGAAGCCACUUCUCUCCAGGAAAAACAUCAGGGACAGACUGAUUCUGCAAAAGGUACAGGGAUUGGACUGCUGAGGACUGGGGUAAAGUCAUUUUCUCUGAUGAAUCCCCUUUCCGAUUGUUUGGGGCAUCCCAAAAAAAUCUUGUCCGGAGAAGACAAGGUGAGCGCUACCAUCAGUCCUGUGUCAUGCCAACAGUAAAGCAUCCUGAGACCAUUCAUGUGUUGGGUUGCUUCUCAGCCAAGGGAGUGGGCUCACUCACAAUUUUGCCUAAGAACACAGCCAUGAAUAAAGAAUGGUACCAACACAUCCUCCGAGAGCAACUUCUCCCAACCAUCCAAGAACAGUUUGGUGACGACCAAUGCCUUUUCCAGCAUGAUGCAAUAAGGCAAAAGUGAUAACUAAGUGGCUCGGGGAACAAAACAUUUACAUUUUGGGUCCAUGGCCAGGAAACUCCCCAGACCUUAAUCCCAUUGAGAAUUUGUGGUCGAUCCUCAAGAGGCGGGUGGACAAACAAAAACCCACAAAUUCUGACAAACUCCAAGCAUUGAUUACGCAAGAAUGGGCUGCCAUCAGUCAGGAUGUGGCCCAGAAGUUAAUUGACAGCAUGCCAGGGCGGAUUGCAGAGGUCUUGGAAAAAGAAGGGUCAACACUGCAAAUAUUGACUCUUUGCAUAAACUUAAUGUAAUUGUCAAUAAAAGCCUUUGACACUUAUGGAAUGCUUGUAAUUAUACUUCAGUAUACCAUAGUAACAUCUGACAAAAAUAUAUCAUAACACUGAAGCAGCGAAAUUUUUGAAGACCAAUACUUGUGUCAUUCUCAAAACCUUUGACCACGACUGUAUAGCUAGCUACUCCUUUUUGAGAUUACGCAACUUUAACCAAAUAACCAUGUAGCUGCCGUCAAGUAACCCAGACUAACUUUUCAUUUUUGCUAUUUGACUGUCUCAAUGUUGUUGUUCAGUCUUCGGAGUACAGAAUUGAGGCAGACACCUUUGGAGAGCUGAAGGUGCCAGUUGACAAGUACUAUGGGGCUCAGACUGUCAGGUCCACGAUGAACUUCAAGAUCGGCGGACCGUCGGAGAGAAUGCCAGUAAGUUCAAACAAAAUAUUACUUCAUUAUUUCAAGUUGUAGGCCUAUUGUUGUUGUAUAAUCAUUGUAGCUUGCCCUGAGACAUGGCUGUAGAUUCCUGUGGCUGUAGUCACCAGUCCCGCCAUGUCUUAGGGAAUCAUUUGUAGCUAGCUCUCGCUACAAAUUGGACACACAUCCUUUUUAACAUUUCCUGUCCUAUUUUCCUAGAUUCAGAUCAGACUAAAGGUUACUUCAAGGACAGUGCCUUGCAAAAGUAUUCAACCCCCUUGGCGUGUUUCCUAUUUUGUUGCAUUACAACCUGUAAUUUAAAUGGAUUUUAUUCUGAUUUCAUGUAAUGGACAUACACAAAAUAGUCCAAAUUGGUGAAGUGAAAUGAAAAUAAUCACUUGUUUCAAAUAAAAUGAAAGUGGUGCGUUCAUAUGUAUUCACCCCCUUUGCUAUGAAGCCCCUAAAUAAGAUCUGGUGCAACCAAUUACCUUCAGAAGUCACAUAAUUAGUUAGAUUGCACACAGGUGGACUUUAUUUAAGUGUCAGAUGAUCUGUCACAUGAUCUCAGUGUAUAUAUACACCUGUUCUGAAAGGCCCCAGAGUCUGCAACACCACUAAGCAAGGGGCACCACCAAGCAAGCGGCACCAUGAAGAUCAAUGAGCUCUCCAAACAGGUCAGGGACAAAGUUGUGGAGAAGUACAGAUCAGGGUUGGAUUAUAAAAAAAAAUAUCGGAAACAUUUAACAUCCCACAGAGCACCAUUAAAUCCAAUAUAAAAAAAUGGAAAGAAUAUGGCACCACAACAAACCUGCCAAGAGAGGGCCGCCCACCAAAACUCAUGGACCAGGCAAGGAGGGCAUUAAUCAGAGAGGCAACAAAGAGACCAAAGAUAACCCUGAAGGAGCUGCAAAGCUCCACAGUGGAGAUUGGAGUAUCUGUCCAUAGGACCACUUUAAGAUUUACACUCCUCAGAGCUGGGCUUUACAGAAGAGUGGCCAGAAAAAAGCCAUUGCUUAAAGAAUAAAAUAAGCAAACACGUUUGGUGUUCGCCAAAUGGCAUGUGGGAGACUCCCCAAACAUAUGGAAGAAGGUACUCUGGUCAGAUGAGACUAAAAUUGAGCUUUUUGGCCAUCAAGGAAAACGCUAUGUCUGGCGCAAACCCAACACCUCUCAUCACCCCGAGAACACCAUCCCCAAAGUGAAGCAUGGUGGUGGCAGCGUCAUGCUGUGGGAAUGGCAGGGACUGGGAAACUGGUCAGAAUUGAAGGAAUGAUCGAUGCCGCUAAAUACAGGGAAAUUCUUGAGGGAAACCUGUUUCAGUCUUCCAGAGAUUUGAGACUGGGACGGAGGUUCACCUUCCAGCAGGACAAUAACCCUAAGCAUACUGCUAAAGCAACACUCGAGUGGUUUAAGGGUAAACAUUUAAAUGUCUUGGAAUGGCCUAGUCAAAGCCCAGACCUCAAUCCAAUUGAGAAUCUGUGGUAUGACUUAAAGAUUGCUAUACACCAGCGGAACCCAUCCAACUUGAAGGAGCUGGAGCAGUUUUGCCUUGAAGAAUGGGAAAAAAUCCCAGUGGCUAGAUGUGCCAAGCUUAUAGAGACAUACCCCAAGAGACUUGCAGCUGUAAUUGCUGCAAAAGGUGGCUCUACAAAGUAUUGACUUUGGGGGGCUGAAUAGUUAUGCACGCUCAAGUUUUCUGUUUAUUUCUUGUUUGUUUCACAAUAAAAAAUAUUUUGCAUCUUCAAAGUGGUAGGCAUGUUGUGUAAAUCAAAUAAUACACACCCCCCUAAAAAUCAAUUUUAAUUCUAGUUUGCUCAUAUAUGAACUGAUCAGAGCAUGUUGCCAGCAUGUUAUGUAGCUUAACAAGUGGAUUUGUCUCUUCCCUCUGAUAGUAGCCUGUCCUACCCCCAUGUGUAUCCUUGUGUAGAGUCCAAUCUUUGUAGCUACACAUGUCCUCACAGCUGCUUUCCUUCGUAUUCACCAGAUCCAGGUGAUCAAAGCGUUUGGUAUUCUGAAGAGGGCUGCUGCGGAGGUGAACAAGGACUAUGGACUGGACCCGAAGCUGGCUGAGGCCAUCGUGCAGGCUGCUGAUGAGGUGCCUAAAGCAGGGUGAACAGAACAAAACUAACAAAAACACCACAGGAGAGAGAGAGCAGGGGGUUGCAUGACUCUCUCAACUUUGUGAGUUCACAGAUUAGACAUCAGCCCAGCCCCGGGUACCUGUCUGUUUCUGCUAACAUUAGCCUACACUGCUGUAGAGAAUAGCUUUUCAUACAGUACUGAACACAAGCAGAGCACUAGACCUUGCUACCUAGCCUGGUCCCAUACCUGUUUGUGCUGUUGGCAAGACGGCACAAACAGAUCUGGGAUCAAGCUAUUCGCUAGCUACAUUAGACCUACUAGUUACAUUUAUCCAUGGUUCCCUCCUUGUACUAAUGAAUGCCUUGGUAUUGAUUAAUGCUCAGGUGGUACUUGGUACUGGUCUUUAAUGCUUUUGAUACAAUACUGAACAAUUGAAUGACCUAAAUGUAACGUUAUAGCCAGUGUUCGCCCCGUCCCAGAUGGUCCUAAACAUGGUGCAGCAAUGACAAUAGGAGUUGGCAAGACGGCACAGACAGAUGCUGGACCAGGCUAAGGCAUGUGGGCCUCAAUGUACUAACGGAUGUCCAUGUCCCUUGGACCAGGCUAAGGCAUGCAGGCCUCCCUGUACUGAUGUCCAUGUCCCUUGGACCAGGCUAAGGCAUGCAGGCCUCCCUGUACUGAUGUCCAUGUUCCUUGGACCAGGCUAAGGCAUGCAGGCCUCCCUGUACUGAUGUCCAUGUCCCUUUACCAGGCUAAGGCAUGCAGGCCUCCCUGUACUGAUGUCCAUGUCCCUUUACCAGGCUAAGGCAUGCGGGCCUCCCUGUACUGAUGUCCAUGUCCCUUGGACCAGGCUAAGGCAUGCAGGCCUCCCUGUACUGAUGUCCAUGUCCCUUUACCAGGCUAAGGCAUGCAGGCCUCCCUGUACUGAUGUCCAUGUCCCUUUACCAGGCUAAGGCAUGCAGGCCUCCCUGUACUGAUGUCCAUGUCCCUUUACCAGGUGGCAGCUGGUAAGCUGGAUGACCACUUCCCUCUGGUUGUGUGGCAGACCGGGUCAGGAACUCAGUCCAACAUGAACGUCAACGAGGUGAUCAGCAACAGGGCCAUCGAGAUCCUCGGAGGGAAGCUGGGGAGCAAGGACCCGGUGCACCCCAACGACCACGUCAACAAAAGCCAGGUAGGCUAACCGUUCAGAAACGCUCUUUCAUUUCAUUCGAAAUGUUGAAGAAGGAAAUAAACUGUUUUUCCACCACUACUGUGAUUGACAAGAUAAGAAGUAGCUAGUGACCAUGUUUUAUUUGGACCUUCAGAAGGGUAACAGAUUGCAGUGUUUGCAGCAAUUCGUUUUAAAGGUUUAUUUAUGAUAUCUGAAAAGCUCAGGCAAAGAGUUUAAAUAUCAAUCAAUCUGUAUUUAAUGUAAAUUGUUGGGUCUUGCAGAGUAUUUGAAUGGACCUGUCCUCUACUCUUGCAGAGCUCCAACGAUACGUUCCCCACAGCCAUGCACAUCGCAGCAGCCAAAGAGGUCCACGAGGUUCUGCUCCCCGGCCUACAACACCUCCACGAUGCCCUGCACGCCAAGGCUGUGGAGUUCAAAGACAUCAUCAAGAUCGGACGCACACACACACAGGAUGCUGUGCCGUUGUCUCUGGGACAGGUAAAAUACAUAGACACACAGGAUGCUGUGCCGUUGUCUCUGGGACAGGUAAAAUACAUAGACACACAGGAUGCUGUGCCGUUGUCCCUGGGACAGGUACAGUACAUAGACACACAGGAUGCUGUGCCGUUGUCUCUGGGACAGGUACAGUACAUAGACACACAGGAUGCUGUGCCGUUGUCUCUAGGACAGGUACAGUACAUAGACACACAGGAUGCUGUGCCGUUGUCUCUAGGACAGGUAAAAUACAUAGAGACACAGGAUGCUGUGCCGUUGUCUCUAGGACAGGUACAGUACAUAGACACACAGGAUGCUGUGCCGUUGUCUCUAGGACAGGUAAAAUACAUAGACACACAGGAUGCUGUGCCGUUGUCCCUGGGACAGGUACAGUACAUAGACACACAGGAUGCUGUGCCGUUGUCUCUAGGACAGGUACAGUACAUAGACACACAGGAUGCUGUGCCGUUGUCCCUGGGACAGGUCACACACAUCUCAUAAUGUCUUUAUGUUGUAGGACGCAGUUUAACGCUCUCUAACUGAAGACACUAUGUCUCUGAUGAUCAUGAUGUUGCUGAUUGAUUCAUUUAGCUGUGGCCAGUGUCAUGUUAUGUCAUGCUAUAACCUCUGUGCCUCUCUCUGUGAUAUGUUGUUGUCACGAUACCAGAAUUUUGACUCCGAUACCAGGUUCAGUAUCAUGAUACUCGAUACCAAAAUGAUAGCAUGGCAAAGAAAGAAGCUUUUCGCUGUCAAAAUCGCACUUUAUUAAGUUUUGUAAAAUAAAUGUCCACUGGAUUGAUGCAAAUAAUCCUGACUCUGCCAGGUAGGCACAAGCUGCUUAGUAGUUAGCUUUUAAUGGAGAAGGUUUUUGGGGAAAGCCUUUCCAUCUACCAGCAGACGGUUAUCAUUAGCAUGCUAACGGCUACACAUUUACAUUUAAGUAAUUUAGCAGACGCUCUUAUCCAGAGCCACUUACACAUUGGUGCAUUCACCUUAUAGCCAGUGGGACAACCACCCUUUCAUUUUAUUUAAUGGGGGGGUGGGUGAGGGAGGUAGAAGGAGACAUACGCGAACCGUACACACAGACACAGAGGGGAAUCCCCUUGCCGUUGCCUCUUGAGAAAGCUGCAGGGAAUACGAAUAACUGUUUAUGGCUUAUGAGAAACUUGGACAAAUUAAUACAUUUCAAUGCAUUUAGUUGAUUUCCAAACGUGAGACACAUUUGAUAGAAGAAACUAAAGUAACCAAAUUCUUGUACUGAACCGUUUUUCAUGUUGUAUUGAAAAAGUAGCGCUGUUUCGGUGCAACACUAGUGUGAUAACAUAUUAGGCUGCUAGAUGUCAAACUGUCCUAUAUGAGCUAUUUCAAAUGUAUUCCUACCAGUCAACUAACUGUCCUAUAUGAGCUAUUUCAAAUGUAUUCCUACCAGUCAACUAACUGUCCUAUAUGAGCUAUUUCAAAUGUAUUCCUACCAGUCAACUAACUGUCCUAUAUGAGCUAUUUCAAAUGUAUUCCUAACAGUCAACUAACUGUCCUAUAUGAGCUAUUUCAAAUGUAUUCCUAACAGUCAACUAACUGCCCUGUCUCUUUUGCGUUUUGCAGGAGUUCAGUGGGUACGUGCAGCAGGUAAAGUACAGUAUGGAGCGAGUGAAGUCAGCCAUGCCCAGAAUAUAUGAGCUGGCAGCAGGGGGCACUGCAGUGGGAACAGGCCUCAACACACGCAUCGGCUUCGCUGAGAAAGUAGCAGCUACUGUCGCUUCUCUCACAGGUACAGGAGGAAACACCCUGUUUCAUAAUGGUUAUGAUAGUCAUGUCUGGUCCAUGUUGUGUCCCCCAGGACUCUGUACUCUGUCCUCUUUAAUGUCUCACUACUGGUGUCCCCCAGGGCUCGGUACUAGGUCCUCUUUAAUGUCUCACUACUGGUGUCCCCCAGGGCUCUGUACUAGGUCCUCUUUAAUGUCUCACUACUGGUGUCCUCCAGGGCUCGGUACUAGGUCCUCUUUAAUGUCUCACUACUGGUGUCCUCCAGGGCUCUGUACUAGGUCCUCUUUAAUGUCUCACUACUGGUGUCCCCCAAGGCUCUGUACUAGGUCCUCUUUAAUGUCUCACUACUGGUGUCCCCCAGGGAUCGGUACUAGGUCCUCUUUAAUGUCUCACUACUGGUGUCCCCCAGGGCUCUGUACUAGGUCCUCUUUAAUGUCUCACUACUGGUGUCCACCAGGGCUCGGUACUAGGUCCUCUUUAAUGUCUCACUACUGGUGUCCCCCAGGGCUCGGUACUAGGUCCUCUUUAAUGUCUCACUACUGGUGUCCCCCAGGGCUCGGUACUAGGUCCUCUUUAAUGUCUCACUACUGGUGUCCCCCAGGGCUCUGUACUAGGUCCUCUUUAAUGUCUCACUACUGGUGUCCUCCAGGGCUCUGUACUCUGUCCUCUUUAAUGUCUCACUACUGGUGUCCCCCAGGGCUCUGUACUAGGUCCUCUUUAAUGUCUCACUACUGGUGUCCCACAGGGCUCUGCACUCUGUCCUCUUUAAUGUCUCACUACUGGUGUCCUCCAGGACUCUGUACUAGGUCCUCUUUAAUGUCUCACUACUGGUGUCCCCCAGGGCUCUGUACUAGGUCCUCUUUAAUGUCUCACUACUGGUGUCCUCCAGGGCUCGGUACUAGGUCCUCUUUAAUGUCUCACUACUGGUGUCCCCCAGGGCUCUGCACUAGGUCCUCUUUAAUGUCUCACUACUGGUGUCCCCCAGGACUCUGUACUCUGUCCUCUUUAAUGUCUCACUACUGGUGUCCCCCAGGGCUCUGUACUAGGUCCUCUCCUGUUUUCUCUGUACACCAAGUCACUUGGUUGUGUCAGAGGGUUCGAAUUGUGUUGUUGUGGCUACAGUUCUCCCUCCCAGCUGUUAUCAUAAGUCAUACAUUACAUACACUGUCAGCCUUUAAUUUUCUAUUGUUAUCAAGACCUGUCUACAUGAUGUCAUAACCUGUCUCCAGGUCUGCCUUUCGUGACGGCUCCCAACAAGUUUGAGGCUCUGGCGGCCCACGAUGCUCUGGUGGAGCUGAGCGGAGCGUUGAACACGGUGGCCGUCAGUAUGAUGAAGAUCGCCAAUGAUAUCCGCUUCCUGGGGUCCGGGCCCCGCUCUGGCCUGGGAGAACUCUGUCUGCCUGAGAACGAGCCAGGUAGCAGCAUCAUGCCUGGUGAGUAGGUUAGGGGUUAGGGGUUAGGGUUAGGGGUUAGGGGUUAGGGGUUAGGGUUAGGGGUUAGGGGUUAGGGGUUAGGGGUUAGGGUUAGGGGUUAGGGGUUAGGGUUAGGGGUUAGGGGUUAGGGUUAGGGGUUAGGGUUAGGGGUUAGGGGUUAGGGGUUAGGGUUUGGGCCCGACUCUGGCCUGGGAGAACUCUGUCUGCCUGAGAACGAGCCUGGUAGCACCAUCAUGCCUGGUGAGUAGGUUAGGGGUUAGGGGUUAGGGGUUAGGGUUAGGGGUUAGGGUUAGGGGUUAGGGUUAGGGGUUAGGGUUAGGGGUUAGGGGUUAGGGUUAGGGUUAGGGUUAGGGUUAGGGGUUAGGGGUUAGGGUUAGGGUUUGGGCCCGACUCUGGCCUGGGAGAACUCUGUCUGCCUGAGAACGAGCCUGGUAGCACCAUCAUGCCUGGUGAGUAGGUUAGGGGUUAGGGGUUAGGGUUAGGGGUUAGGGGUUAGGGUUUGGGGUUAGGGGUUAGGGUUAGGGGUUAGGGGUUAGGGGUUAGGGUUUGGGCCCGACUCUGGCCUGGGAGAACUCUGUCUGCCUGAGAACGAGCCUGGUAGCACCAUCAUGCCUGGUGAGUAGGUUAGGGGUUAGGGGUUAGGGGUUAGGGUUAGGGUUAGGGGUUAGGGGUUAGGGUUAGGGGUUAGGGGUUAGGGUAGGGUUAGGGGUUAGGGUUAGGGGUUAGGGUUAGGGGUUAGGGUUAGGGGUUAGGGUUAGGGGUUAGGGGUUAGGGGUUAGGGUUUGGGCCCGACUCUGGCCUGGGAGAACUCUGUCUGCCUGAGAAGGGUUAGGGUUAGGGUUAGGGGUUAGGGGUUAGGGUUAGGGGUUAGGGGUUAGGGGUUAGGGUUAGGGGUUAGGGGUUAGGGGUUAGGGUUAGGGGUUAGGGUUAGGGGUUAGGGUUUGGGCCCGACUCUGGCCUGGGAGAACUCUGUCUGCCUGAGAAGGGUUAGGGUUAGGGUUAGGGUUAGGGUUAGGGGUUAGGGGUUAGGGUUAGGGGUUAGGGGUUAGGGUUAGGGGUUAGGGGUUAGGGUUUGGGCCCCGCUCUGGCCUGGGAGAACUCUGUCUGCCUGAGAAGGGUUAGGGUUAGGGUUAGGGGUUAGGGUUAGGGGUUAGGGGUUAGGGGUUAGGGUUAGGGGUUAGGGGUUAGGGUUAGGGUUAGGGGUUAGGGGUUAGGGUUAGGGGUUAGGGUUUGGGCCCCGACUCUGGCCUGGGAGAACUCUGUCUGCCUGAGAACGAGCCUGGUAGCACCAUCAUGCCUGGUGAGUUUCCAUAGUCUGGUUUUCACCAUAGUUGUCAAGCAUAACACAAUAUAGUUCACUGUCAGUAGGAAAGGAGUGAAGGAGAUCUCUGAAAGAGUGAACAGUAUUUGGACAUGCCGUAGAAGGCAUAGUACCCAAGUUAUUGUGUUCUUCUAGCUACAGUGGGGAGAACAAGUAUUUGAUACACUGCCGAUUUUGCAGGUUUUCCUACUUACAAAGAAUGUAGAGGUCUGUAAUUUUUAUCAUAGGUACACUUCAACUGUGAGAGACGGAAUCUAAAACAAAAAUCCAGAAAAUCACAUUGUAUGAUUUUUAAGUAAUUCAUAUGCAUUUUUUUUAUUUAUUUUUUAAAUCGGCAUUGUAUCAAAUACUUGUUCUCCCCACUGUAUGUGUCCCAGUGGUUUUGCAUUAGCUAAGUGGAACAGAGCUGCAUGAUCCCACGUAACUCCCAGCUGUUCUGAAUCAUCCAUCUAGGCUGGGUCAGGUUUCAGGGCUUAUUUCUGUCCAGGCCUUUUCUUCUUCCUGCUCCUUGACCUCUACUUCAGCAAGACAUGGUAUAGAGACUAUCUAGCUACCCACAACCUGCCUUUUAUUCAGGGACCUGCAACAAUAACAUGUUGACGUACUUCUGGCUGUUUUGAAAGGGUAAGGAACCUAUGCUCAUGACAGGAAGUGAUCGUGCUCGUGGAAUUAUUACACACGUUUCUACUGAAGACAGACUUGACAUUCUUGAGAGCCUUGAAAGUUGUGCUGUGCUGUCCAGUGUUUACCCUCCCAUCAGAAGUAGUGUUGUUGACCUCUGCACAGCUCUAUUGUUGUGGGAUUUCAAACCGGUUGGGAUUUGAGCUGGUGUGUAAUGUCCUACCUUGGAAUGUUGACUUAUAUGUGUGUGUGUUUUAACCAUGGGGUUUUAACUAAGAUGUGUUUUAACCAUGGGGUUUUAACUAAGAUGUGUUUUAACCAUGGGGUUUUAACUAAGAUGUGUUUUAACCAUGGGGUUUUAACUAAGAUGUGUUUUAACCAUGGGGUUUUAACUAAGAUGUGUUUUAACCAUGGGGUUUUAACCAUGGGGUUUUAACUAAGAUGGGUUUUAACCAUGGGGUUUUAACUAAGAUGUAUUUGAACGUAUGUCUUCCAGGGAAAGUUAACCCCACCCAGUGCGAGGCCAUGACCAUGGUAGCAGCCCAGGUUAUGGGAAACAACGUGGCUGUGACCAUCGGAGGCAGCAACGGACACUUUGAGCUUAACGUCUUCAAGCCAAUGAUGGUAAGAACUGAUAUUACCAUCAACUAAGACAAUACUAAUAGGCCAGUUUUGCCAUCGAUAAAAUGCAAUUGUGUUCGUUGUCCGUAGCUUAUGCCUGCCCAUACCAUAACCCCACCGCCACCAUGGGGCACUCUGUUCACAACGUUGACAUCAGCAAACGCUCGCCCACACAACUCUAUACACGCUGUCUGCCAUCUGCCCGGUACAGUUGAAACCGGGAUUCAUCCGUGAUGAGCACACUUCUCCAGUGUGCCAGUGGCCAUCGAAGGUGAGACUUUGCCCGCUGAAGUCGGUUAAGACGCCAAACUGCAGUCAGGUCCAAGACCCUGGUGAGGACGACGAGCACAUAGACGGUUUCAGAACAGCGACUACUCACCUUGAACUGGACAAAUAAUUGUUCUUUAAUGAGUCGGACGAGAGGGAUUUGCUCCAGACACCCGACAGGGCCCUCAUCCCCGUCAUUCGCAGUAGAAAGGAAAGGAGAUAUCGCGGAAGGAGAUCGGGGUGCUUGGUAAGGAGCCAGCGACGAGUGGCUAAUCUGUCUUUGCCAUCGAUACUAUUGGCCAACUUACAAUCGUAUAUCCUACCAACGGGACAUUAAAAACUGUAAUAUCUUAUGUUUCACCGAGUCAUGGCUGAACGAAGACAUGAAUAACAUACAGCUGGUGGGUUAUACACUGUAUCGGCAGGAUAGAACAGCAGCCUCUGGUAAAACAAGGGGUGGCGGUCUAUGUAUAUUUGUAAACAACAGCUGGUGCACGAAAUCCAAUAUUAAAGGAAGUCUCAAAGGUUUCGCUCGCCUGAGGUAGAGUAUCUCAUGAUAAGCUGUAGACCACACUAUCUACCAAGAGAGUUUACAUCUAUAUUCUUCGUAGCUGUCUAUUUACCACCACAAACCGAGGCUGGCACGAAGACCGCACUGAAUGAGCUGUAUAAGGCCAUAAGUCAACAGGAAAACGCUCAUCCAGAGGCGGCGCUCCUAGUGGCCGGGGACUUUAAUGCAGGGAAACUUAAAUCCGUUCUACCUAAUUUCUACCAGCAUGUUAAAUGUGCAACCAGAGGAAAAACAACUCUAGACCACCUUUACUCCACACACAGAGACGCAUACAAAUCUCUCUCUCGCCCUCCAUUUGGAAAAUCUGACCAUAACUCUAUCCUCCUGAUUCCUGCUUAUAAGCAAAAACUAAAGCAGGAAGCACCAGUGACUCGGUUACCAGCAUGUUAAAUGUGCAACCAGAGAGCAUCCUGACCGGUUGCAUCACCGCCUGGUAUGGCGGGCCCCCGAAGGCACUACAGAGGGUAGUGGUAUGGCCCAGUACAUCACUGGGGCAAAGCUUCCUGCCAUCCAGGACCUCUAUACCAGGCGGUGACAGAGGAAGGCCCUCAAAAUUAUCAAAGACUCCAGCCACCCUAGUCAUAUACUGUUCUCUGCUACCGCGCGGUACCGGAGCGCCAAGUCUAAGUCCAAAAGGCUCCUUAACAGCUUCUACCCCCAAGCUAUAAGACUCCUGAACAUCUAAUCAAAUGGCUACCCAGACUAUUUGCACUGCCCCCCCCCCCUCCUCUUUUACGCUGCUGCUACUCUGUUUAUUAUCUAUGCAUAGUCACUUUAACUCUACCUACAUGUACAUAUUACCUCAAUUACCUCGACCAACCGGUGCCCCCGCACAUUGACUCUGUACCGGUACCCCCCUGUAUAUAGCCUCCCUACUGUUAUUUUACUGCUGCUCUUUAAUUAUUUGUUACUUUUAUUUCGUAUUUUAUUUUGUAUAUGUUUUUUGUGAUUUGUAAUGCCAAAAAAAUUGGCUUGUCAGUCAGCAUUUCUCUAAGGUAUACCUACACCUGCUGUAUUCAGCGCACGUGACACAUUUACAUUUGAUUUAUACUUUUACUCAAGUAUGACAAUUGGGUAUUUUUCCCAGCACUGGUAUAAAACAAUGAUUAGAUGGGAGAGGCGGGACUUGACUGAGAUGCUUCCUCCCCUGUCAGUGGUUAACAGGAGACUUGCAGCGUAUAAAAUAUAACCAUUUUAGCUGAGGGUUCCGCAGACACCUGCAGGCAGUUUGGAUGAAAUGAGAUUGAAUCAGUGAGUAAAUGUAUUUUGCAACACAUCCUGUUUGGUCAGCAAGUAGGUGGUUGUCGGGAAGCCUGGUCCCAGAUCUGUUCCCAAGACCGCACAAACAGAUCUGGAACCAGGCUAGUUGGCCGGUAGUUGGGUCAUAAUCGUAACUCCUGCUCUCUCCCGUCCUCACAGAUUAAAAUGGUGUUGAACUCAGCCAGGCUGCUGGGGGACGCCUCAGUCAUACUUUAACUCGUCCUCUCUCCUCCUCCCAGAUAAAGAACGUGUUGAACUCAGCCAGGCUGCUGGGGGACGCCUCAGUCAUACUUUAACUCGUCCUCUCUCCUCCUCCCAGAUAAAGAACGUGUUGAACUCAGCCAGGCUGCUGGGGGACGCCUCAGUCAUACUUUAACUCGUCCUCUCUCCUCCUCCCAGAUAAAGAACGUGUUGAACUCAGCCAGGCUGCUCGGGGACGCCUCAGUCUCCUUCACUGAUAACUGUGUGGUGGGCAUUGAAGCUAACAUCGACAGGAUCAACAAACUCAUGAACGAGUCCUUGAUGCUGGUCACCGCCCUCAACCCACACAUAGGUAUGUGUUGUAGCACUGAAUCUGCUUCAAAGGUUUUUUUAUUUUUUUUAUUUAACCUUUAUUUAACUAGGCAAGUCCGUUAAGAACAAAUUCUGAUUUACAAUGACGGCCUACACCGGCCAAACCCGGACGACGCUGGGCCAAUUGUGCGCCGCCCCCCGUAUGGACAUACAGGGACCUGCAAGUGCAGGGUACAAGAAGUCAAGUCAUGAAAGAGAUCUAGAUACCUGCACACUGUUGUGCAGAAUACAACUGCAGGAGAAAUCAACAGGUUAUCGAUCUGUCUUUCGCUUGUAACCACAUCUAACCACUAGAGGGCAGUAACUUACAGUCCCAAAUUCAGCAGUGCUGACAUUCACCAGACUGUAAUGUGAGGAUUGGAAAGGAGAUGUUUUGCUCUACAGCACAGUGAGUCUGUUUAAACCCUUCACUGCUUCUACACAAUCCAUCAACUAACAUUGACUUGGGCAUUAAAACACUGAUGGCAGCAGCCAGUCAGUGCUUUUAGAGAACACUAAAUAAAUGUCAGUGUUCAGUGUUGUGAUAAAUGGUGUUGUGGAUUCAUUACAUUUACAUCAUCACCUUAAUUCAUCAUAGUUCCAGCUCAGUGCCUUUGGUAAGGAGGGCCAAGGUGUCUGAAAUGUCACCCUAUUCCCUACGUAGUGCUCUACUUUUGACCUGCCCAGUGAGAUCCCCCCCCCCCCCGUCCCGUCCUGUCCCGUCAGUCACAGUGGUUAACAGGAGUUAGUGAGAUCCCCCCCCCCCUCCCCCGUCAGUCACAGUGGUUAACAGGAGUUAGUGAGAUCCCCCCUCCCCCCCCCCCCCCCGUCAGUCACAGUGGUUAACAGGAGUUAGUGAGAUCCCCCCCCCCCCCCCCCCCCCCCCCCCCCCUCCCCCGUCAGUCACAGUGGUUAACAGGAGUUGGUGAGAUCCCCCCCCCCUCCCCCGUCAGUCACAGUGGUUAACAGGAGUUGGUGAGAUCCCCCCCCACCCCCCUCCCCCGUCAGUCACAGUGGUUAACAGGAGUUGGUGAGAUCCCCCCCCCCCCCCCGUCAGUCACAGUGGUUAACAGGAGUUAGUGAGAUCCUCCCCCCCGUCCCCGUCCCCCGUCCUGUCAGUCACAGUGGUUAACAGGAGUUAGUGAGAUCCUCCGUCCGUCACAGUGGUUAACAGGAGUUAGUGAGAUCCUCCGUCCGUCCGUCAGUCACAGUGGUUAACAGGAGCUAGUGAGAUCCCCCCCGUCAGUCACAGUGGUUAACAGGAGUUAGUGAGAUCGUCCCGUCCCGUCAGUCACAGUGGUUAACAGGAGUUAGUGAGAUCCUGCCCGUCCCCCCCCAUCAGUCACAGUGGUUAACAGGAGUUGGCAUUAACAUUUUUGACAUGCGUUUUUCUGUAUUUUUUUGUUGUUAUUCUGUCUCUCACUGUUCUAAUAAACCUACCAUUAAAAUUAUAGACCGAUCAUUUCUUUGUCAGUGGGCAAACGUACAAAAUCAGCAGGGUGAUCAAAUACUUUUUUCCCCUCACUGUAGUUGAGGAAGUAGAAGGUGGUGGUUUGUCAUCGGUCUGAAUUGAAUCCCUUCCCUCUAUCUUCUCAAUAGGUUACGACAAAGCUGCUAAGAUUGCCAAGACAGCCCACAAAGAGGGAGGAAACCUCAAGGAAACUGCUAUCAAGCUAGGAUACCUGACAGCAGAAGAGUUUGACGCGUGGGUCAAGCCACAUGAGAUGCUGGGACCCAAGUAGAACACAACACGCUGCAGAAUGUCUAUGGUUAGAAAUGUCUUUGUACAAAUAAAAAUCUUUUUUUUGGGGUUGAAACACAUUGCUGUAUUUUAUUUGACCAGUUUAAGUUGCUGAGAACACGUCCUCAUUUACAGCAACGACCUGGGGAAGAGUUCCAGGGGAGAGGAGGGGGAUGGAUGAGCCAAUUGGAAGCUGUUCCACAGACCUGAUCUAUGGACAGAUGACUGCUGAUCGGGGGGGGACACACACUUCGCAGAAGUGACUAGCUUUCACUUUUGAGUAUUUUUUUCCACAUUGGACCUCAGUUAACUAUUUUCAGUGAAGGCCAGUGGAUGUUACGGUAAAAAUUGUUGCUUUCUCAUCUAACUAUUUUGAGACUGUCACCAAGGAUACAUGGUAUCCUUCAGAAAGAUGUUCAGCUAUUAUCUUUAUCUAUAUUUAAUGACUUCCCUUGCAUUUCCAGGAAUAUGACAUUCACGAUUCUGAGAAAGAUGAUGUGCCAUUAGAUCAAGGAAGAGUAUAUUUUAAAUCGUUUUUGUGAAAUCUUCAGUAUGACAUUUUGUCCACCUGUAAUAAUUGACCUACCGCUAGUUUGGGACUCCAACCCACGCACACCCCAGGCCAAGUCACCUUGCCUCCCGAUGAAAGUGAUUGUUCUGGGGACAGGACAGUUGGGCAACACCAGCUCUACCAGAGAGCCAAGGGACAGUUGCAUGUUGCCUGAAGGUGUUUUGUUUUGCCGAAGGACGCUACAAUUGAAGGCUCUUACAGAGCUAUACCUUGAUGUACUGUACCCUUUUUGCCAUGUAAAAAUAAAUUUAAAAAAAUACAAUAAUUAAUCAUGUUGCCUCAAA